AAUAAUGCUAUGAUGUAAAGAAAAUGCUUACGUUUGGGGUGAAAUAUGAAAUGUAGAGGUUAUUGGCAGAGAUUCCACCCAUUUAUCUGAAGGAAGCUAAGUCUAUUAGCAGUCCUCCCAAACACAUCACAUGUCGUUCUGUGAAAACGUCAGAAGACUGAUUACAUCACAUUGUUUUCCUGUGGACCGCUUAAGACAAUCAGGCUGAUGGUGUUGUUUACAAAUUAUAACACAUCUCGAGAUGUACAGAUACAUUACGUUUGUGUAAUAUUCUACAUGACAACGUAAUUCUUUACUUGGAAAAUAAAAUAAAUGUGAAGGUUUUUCUAAAUGUGGAUGGUGUAGGUGUGAGCGGCUCAGGUAAACAGUUGUCAGUGGAUUAGUGGAGCAGAGGAAUCAAGACACGGCUCUGUGAAGAGUGACAUUAACACUGUCCACAGCACACCACUGAGACCAGCCGCACGCAGGAGACCCAGGAGAUAAGGGUGAAAUGUCCUGUCUGGAUGAGGUGACCUUUAAGAUCCAUCUUGGCUUUCUUGAGGAUGUUAAAGAGGAGGCUGAGCUCAUCACAGCUCCAGAAAUCGUUUUGCCUGACUACCUGAAGAUAUUACAGGAAACUGAGUAUGUCUUUAGCCUGGAGAACUGGGUUCUCACGGGUCUCCAGGGUGGCUAUCCAACCCUCAAUCCCCGCUCUUCCUGUGAGCCUUCGGCCACCUGUCCUCCAUACUGGAUGAUGUUCAGCAGCCCUCAGGAGAGCAGGUUAGCCAGCCGCUGGAGCAGUGACUUUUGGGAGCCCAACCCUCGUCCCCGCAGCCGCAGCUUAAACGCGGCCCACUACCGCACGAUGAACGCUCGAGUCAAAUUCACCAUCUCUGACUCAGAAGAUGAAGAGUUUACAGAAGAGGAUGGUGCCGCUCUUGCUGACAGUGAAGCACAGUCCAAGCGGGGUGGUAUGGGUUUUCCAAGACAGGGGCCAGGGUUGAAAGAUUUGCCUACUUGUGGAUCGUCUAACUUCCUCAAGCUGCCUUCACCUUGCAGCCUCGCCGCACAGCACCAGGAGACGUCGUCUUCCCACUGCAGGCAUAACUCACCCAGAAGAAACUUCAAUAGGAGUCAGAGCUCUGCUGGUCGUACUAAUGCAUGUCCCAACAACCUGCAGUCUGAAUGCAUUUACAGUCCUACCCCAAAGGCCCAGGGUUCAUCCUCCUCCCCGGCGCCAUCACGGCCUCUCAAUUCCCACGCUGCCAUCCUGGACUCUUCUGUGGAGCUGCUCUCUGCUCUCAGCCCAGAGGAGAGGGAGCUGCUGGCGGCCGUGACCGAGCGGGGCUACCCUCUCCGUACGGCCAUCAUCGCCCUCCAGAAAACUGGCCAGCAGAGUCCAGAGCAGAUCUUGAGUUAUAUGGUGGCGUGUGAUCGGUUAUGUGAACUCGGCUACGAUGAAGCUCAGGUCGAAGAAGCACUUGAGAUGUUUCAGAACUGUGAGACUAAGGCUGAGGAGUUCCUUCACCUUCUUGCUCAGUUUCAUGAAAUGGGCUUCCAGCAGAACGCCAUUAAAGAGGUUCUUCUGGUGCAUGAGAACCACAGAGAGCGAGCACUGGAGGAGCUCAUGACCCGUGUGGCCUGAUCCAAUCCGUCUUAUGAUGCAGUGAAUUAGUUGCGAUCGUGGUUUGUGCUGUUCACCGAGCUCGUAUAGCUGUUGCUUGUUUAUCAUAUUCUGCACUGUUUAUUCGUUGCGCAUUCUAGACAUGUGUUGAGGCCUUAGGGAAAAGCACAAUUUGACAGUCGACACCACAGAAUGGCUCUAUAAUAAUACGGUUUUAUAGUGUUUUCCAUAGCAAUCAAACUUUUUGUUGCUUUAUUUAUUGAAAUGUAAACCACUGGUAUUUAUUAUGUUAAUUUUCUUCUUGGAAUUCAUACAAUUAUUAAGCUUUUAAAAAUGCACUAUAAUUGUAAGGCCAUAUAUAUAUAUAUAUAUAUAUAUAUAUAUAUAUAUAUAUAUAUAUAUAUAUAUAUAUAUAUAUAUAUAUAUAUAUAUAUAUUUGGACUCUUUAACAUCAUAUCCAUCUUUCCAGUUUCUUUAUGGUGCCUCCAUUUACUUACAACUGAAAACCCAAAAUGAGACAGUAUAAUCUGCAUUAUUUCUGGUUUGUAUUUAUCUAAAUGUUUUUGUCAGCCGAACCCCUCUGACAUAAUAUAUAUACAGUAUAUACUGGAAUUACCCCUGAGGUUAGUAUUUCUAUAAUUUAACAACACAUUUGCAUAUUUAUGGUGCUAUGAUGUUAGUUAAUGGUCAAAUGACAUGCAGGAAAACAAAUAAAAUAUUUCAUCAUG